UUAGCUUGCUAGCUCAUCAUAGCUAGUGUGCUAAAAAUACGCCCACAUCAUGACUAUCAGCUGUGGCAGCACCGCAGGCCCUGGGCCAAAUGAGUGACAGCAAAAGUCGAGGAAAUGUCAAAUUACUUUCGCAGUAGUCUUCAAUGUUACCCGGUGCCAAUGUCUCCCGGCAUCUGUAUUUACCUGCCAUGUUCGUCUGUUCUCCAAAACCGUCUGUAACGCACACAUAACGCAGUCUACACAGAAACGAACAAAACGACCGCCAUGGAUAAGGGACUUUGAAUGACCCAAUUAAUAGAACAUUUGUCUGCUUGCUGUAGUCCACAAUCUCACUAGUAAUAAAAAUAAAUAUCGGUAUUUUUUUUAUUCUUUUGUAGUACGAGCCGCCGCUGUUAGUUUCAGUGACAUAAACAAAAACUAGUCCAUUUUGAGUUGUAUUAUCAAAAUCUCUUGUUACCCCUGUCAGUUGCAGCUUAACAAAAAGCUCAUUUGCUUGAAAAGCAUGUCUUAAAACGUGGAUUUCUGAUCAGGUGUUAAGGAGAUGUAGUCUUAGCCCUUUGAUCAUUCCCCUCGUCAAGACUGCCCUUUUUCAAAAAACGUGAAAUGACUUAGUUUCCUUACUUAUUUGUUGAUCUUUUCAGUUCAUAGUGUGUAAGAGAUCUAGCUUAGAGUUUUGAUGCGUUGUUUCAGCAAAGGGUAGGUAGCUCCAUCCUUUAUCAAACGUAUAAAACACAAGACUCGAGUGUCAUAAAAAUACACAGCACAAGCAGAAAAGACACUACCAUCAAAAUCUAACCAUGGGGGACCCAACUUCACGAAGAAACCAAACAAGAAAUCGACUUCGAGCUCAACUUCGGAAGAAAAGGGAAUCUUUGGCUGAUCAGUUUGACUUCAAGAUUUAUAUAGCCUUCGUUUUCAAGGAAAAGAAAAAGAAGUCAGCACUUUUUGAGGUAGCUGAAGUGGUGCCUGUGAUGACCAACAACUAUGAAGAAAACAUCCUACGAGGUGUACGAGAUUCCAGCUACUCUCUUGAGAGUUCAAUAGAACUCCUGCAAAAAGACGUUGUGCAACUACACGCACCAAGAUACCAGUCAAUGCGAAGGGAUGUGAUUGGCUGCACACAAGAAAUGGAUUUUAUCCUUUGGCCACGCAACGAUAUUGAGAAGAUUGUAUGUCUGCUGUUCUCCAGAUGGAAGGGGGCCGAUGAUGAACCCUUUAGGCCUGUUCAGGCCAAGUUCGAAUUUCAUCAUGGAGACUACGAGAAGCAGUGCUUGCAUGCUUUGGGUCGUAAAGACAAGGCUGGAAUGGUCAUGAACAACCCAACUCAGUCUGUAUUUCUCUUCAUGGAUAGACAACACUUGCAGACUCCUAAAACCAAGGCCACAGUUUUCAAGUUGUGCAGCCUCUGCCUGUACUUACCCCAGGACCAGCUGACCUGCUGGGGUGUGGGAGACAUCGAGGAUCACCUCCGCCCUUACAUGCCUGAUUAAGGCUCCUUGCUCCACCCAGCCACACAGAGACAAGCCUUUUCCCUCCGUACUGCCUAAGCCUUCAGAAGCAAAUUGAUGUACUCAUCUCCUCCUUUUCCCUUUAAAAGAUUUGAACUCAUGCUUGGAUUUCCUUUUUGUUCCCCACUUGUUCUCCUUUCCCUGAGCCAAAGCUGAUUCAGUUCCCACCCCUUUGAUGUUUCCUUUUUUUUCUCUCAUAUUUUCAGUAGUCCUCCAACUUCCUCUGCCAUUUUUGGAUUGGUUCUGACUAUUGUUUUUCUUUUAAAUUUUGCAUCCUCUUCAUUCCCUCCUCCUCACUCACCCAUGUUUUUUUUUCCUUUUGUCUUUUGUUCAUUUGAACCUGCACGAACAUUGAUUUUGAGUGGUUGGUUGUUCUCUUGGAGCUACAUUGUCAACAGCACCGGUCAUUGAAGGAACUCUUUAUGUUGCAUCAAAACAGGAACAAGCAAUACACAGGUCUUCACGGUGGUUCUCAGAUGGACGUGUUUAAAAUCCUUGUUGUCAUAAGUAAGGAUUGUUAAAAGCUUGUUUGUAAUGUCACCAGGGUUUCCAACACAACUUUAAACAAUCUUUUGACCAAGGACAGGUUGAUCAGGUGUCAAAGCACCUGUUUAAGCAAAGAUAACAAGAUGAACAGUAUCAAAUCAUAUGGUGUAGGUAUGCUUCUUGUAAACAGGCUUAGUUAUUUUGCUGGUCUUUUAAAAGAUGUUUUGACAUUUGCUUUUCUCUGAAACAUGUUAGGCAGAUCUUUGCUAAAAUCUUGAAAUCUUAAAAUCGUGUCUUGAAAGGCAUUGUACACAAAGUUGAAAUUUUGGUUAGAUGUUGAAGGUAAUCUUCACCAUUCACGCCGUUCAUGCACUAUUCAUUUAAGCUACUGAAAUCUGAUGUUUUCUGCUUUUUUUUGUUUGUUUUUUGGGUAUGUGGGUUGGUGAGCAACUGAAAUGGUGACAUAAUUGAUUAACAUACCUAAUGAAAAUUGCUAAAAGUUAACUGACUUCUGUUUGACUAAAAUUCUGAUCAUUUUCUGCCAUGUUUAUCUAAUUUAAAUUGGAUUUUGCUGGCUUGCUUGAGGACUAUGAAGUACAUAGUGCAUAUGAUUUUGCUCCUUGAUUCAGUGUUCAGUUGAAAAGGUGUUAAGGCAUGUAACUUCUAGUUUUUUUUCUGUUGAUUCUCAAAUCAAUACUGCUGAUCAUAUCCCAAUACAGUGCAAAUUUUGAAAACAUAA